AUGGGGCUCACUGCGCUCAGUGUGCUGUCUUUAUUCUUGCUGAAUAUUACCCUCUGCUGUGGAGACGCUCAAGAUGCUGAGCUGAGCCUUAAACCAAACGUGUCCCAUUUAUUUGCUGGAGAGUCUGUAACCUUCAUCUGUGACAUGAGAGAGGGAAAUGCCACUGACUGGCUUUACAAAUUCAACUGGAAUGCUCAAGAAAUGGUCCAAUUCACUAAAAGUAGCUCCUACUCACUUUACCUGACAGCAGAGCUGAGUGGGAAUUAUCAAUGUAUUGGUCGCCGCAAUGACUUGACAGAUUUUACAAAACAGAGUAAUAACCUGACUCUGUCCAUAUCAGCACUCAGACCCACGGCGACUAUAACAGCAGACAAGAUAACUAUUCCAGUGGGGGGCUCGGUGACACUGACCUGCUCUGUUCAGGGCUCUGCUGGCUGGACGUAUGAUUGGUUCAGACAAAUCCCAGAUUCUUAUGAAGUAGCAAUUAAUACGAACACUUUGCAGAACUUCAUUAGUGUCUCAGAUGAAGGCAUCUAUCGGUGCAGAGGAAGAAGAGGAAACCCAGUUUUCUUCACAAACCUCAGCAAAGUGUAUCACAUUCAGAAAACAUUGUCCAACAGGGCCUUUGUGACUCUGCAACAGAACUGGACUCAGAUAUUCAGCGGUGAGAUGAUCACCAUCAAAUGUGAGAUCCAAGGAGGAGAAAACACUGAGUGGCAGUAUGAAUGGAGAACAACAAGCUCAAAAACACCUCCCACACACAGUGAAUACAACAUCAGCAGGGCUUCAUUUUCCUACAACGGGCAAUAUUGGUGUAAGGGUAGAAGAGACGUGUUCUUCUCAACAGCUUGGAGUGAUGCUUUUACACUAAAAGUCUCAAAUAAACCCAGACCCACAAUUACUGCUGAUAGGAGAACAAUACCAGCUGGAGGCAAUGCAACACUCAGCUGCUCUGUGGGGAGCUACAAUGAGUGGAAAUACUUCUGGUUCAGACGUGCCUCAGUCUUUUCAGAAAUUCAGGUGAUUAGAAACAAAGAACCAGAUCAAAUGAUCACUGUCACACAGGGAGGCAUCUACUACUGCAAGGGAGGGAGAGGAAACCCCGUUUUCUUCACAGAGGACAGUCAUCCAGUCACUAUUGAAAAAAGAGUUUCCAACAAAGCAGUUGUGUCCCUGGAGCCCAGCUGGCCUCUGAUAUUCAGUGGUGAGAAGAUCACUGUUAGAUGUCAGAUUUCUUUAGGUGGACGCACUGAGUGGGAGUAUGAGUGGAGCAAACCCGACUCAAGCACAGUUCUGGCAAAUGAUGCAUCCAUCAAUCUUAAUGCAUCUGUGAUCAGCAGUGGAAGCUACAGGUGUAUGGGUAAAAACAAACAGGAGCUGUAUUCUGUGACAGAGUGGAGUGAUGUCAUCACACUGACAGUCUCUGGAAACAGACCAAAGACCAGCAUCAGUGCUGACAACAGAGUCUUUCUAGAAGGUGAUACAGUCACCCUGACCUGCUCUGUGACACUAUCUACUCCUGGUUGGAGUUACUACUGGUACAGAGGCAAGAAAACCUCAGACCCACUGACGAUGGCAGAAGUUGUUCUCCACUCUGAUGGACAAGUCGGUGUAUCACAGGAAGGAGACUAUUGGUGCAGAGGAGGACGAGGCAACCCAGUUUACUACACAGACUACAGUGAUGUGACCAGUAUUAAACAAACUGUUAGAAACAGGCCUGCUGUGACUCUGCAUCCAAACUGGCCUGAGGUAUACAGCAGAGAGACAAUCACUUUGAAAUGUGAGAUCCCAGGAGAAGACACUGAGUGGGAUUAUGAGUGGGCAACUAGCAGCUCACAUCAACCUCCAAACCAAAAUGAAUACAAGAUUAACUCUGUUUCUACAUCACACCGUGGGCACUACUGGUGUAAGGGCAGGAUGAGAAGUGCACAACAGAAUUCAACAAUGUGGAGUGCAUCCUUUCAACUAAAGAUAGAUUAUGAACCCCGUCUUGUCCUCACUGUGUCUCCAUCAUGGCUGAGUCCUGGAGCCUCAGUAACUCUGAACUGUGAGGUUGAACAUCCGUCUGCAGGAUGGAGCUUCUACUGGUAUAAAGCUGUUCCUGAUCUGAAAACAUACAGCUAUGAAUAUUACAUUUAUGAGCUGCUACCUGAUGGCAGUGGGACUGCACAGGACUCCUACAUCAUUCAUGGACAGACACACACAGCAGGAUAUGUGUGCAGAGCUGGAAGAGGAGACCCAGAGUAUCACACUGAUCCCAGUCAACCAAAGUUAGUCUGGUCUGCAGAUUUAAAUUCAGCAGCCUCUCUCACAGUCAGUCCUAACAGUGUGCAGCACUUCAUCUAUGAUUCAGUAACUCUGAAUUGUUCUGGAAACUCUUCUCAGUGGAGAGUGAUGACAUUUACUCAGCACAGAUACCUGAGAAAACUCCGGGAAUGUGGAAACUGGGGGAUAAUGACUGAAUCCACAUGCAACACAGAUCUUUACCGGUACCACCGGUUGCACCGGUACCAAGAUGCUGUGUACUGGUGUGAGUCUGAAUCAGGACAGUUCAGCAAUGGAAUCAACAUCACUGCACAUUUUACUGGUGUGAUCCUGGUGAGCCCUGUCCAUCCAGUCAAUGAGGGGGACUCUGUUGCUCUUGGCUGCAAGUUGAGGACAGGAAACUUCAAUUCCACUGUUGCAUUCUACAAAAAUGGGAAACUAAUUCAAAAUGAUGACCGAGAAAAGCUAAAUAUCCCUGCAGUGUCAAAGUCUGAUGAAGGCUUCUACAAGUGUGAAUAUUCAGGGCACGAGUCACCACAAAGUUUGAUGUCAGUAAAAGGAUCCAGAUCUUCACUUUCUGUCUCUCUAAUCACGGGGCUGGUUAGUGGUGUCUCACUGAUUCUCCUGCUGUCCCUGCUGCUCUGUUGUUGGCACAAAAAACCAAAGGGUACACUUUGUAUCAGACCAGCCCAGUCUCAGGAAACCAGUCAGACUGCUGCUACAGUUCAAACUAUGAGCCAGGAUGAAAAUCAGCAGCAAAUAUAUUCCUCUCUUCUUCACGGUGACAUGAACGUCUAUGAGUCAUGUAGACCUUCUGAAAACACUGGUGGACGGACAGACGACUACAGAAAUAUCUCUCUUCAGCUGAGAAGUGCUGGACAGAGGAGAAAGCGUGAUGAUCCAGAGGAAACCUCUGACUACCAUAAUGUAGAUCCAAACUCAGCUACAGGUCCCUAAAGAGAGGCAUGGCAUCAACAAAACAAGAGAAGGUGGACAGCAACAUGAAAAAACAAACAAAAACAUUAAAAAAAAAUUAAUUCUUAAACUUUUGAACAUCAACAUUUUUAUACAGCUGGAUAUUAAAGUCGAGUCACAACGUGAUCCUGUGGGCAAAAGUUGUUAAAGCUAAGUUAAGAAGAGAGGUGACAGUCAGUGAUAUGGCAGCAUGUGGCUUCAUGCUGAGAAAGAAGUUUAAGGAAGGUCAGAGGGAGCUUCACGGUGUCUUUGUGGAUCUAGUGAAAGGAUAUGGUGCCAAGCGUGUGGGGUACUGCAUGAGGAUGUCAGGAGUAGCAGAGAAGUAUGUGAAGGUGGUGCAGGACAUGUAUGAGGACAGUGAGACAGCAGUGAGGUGUGUGGUUGUAUCUUAGCAGUUCAAGCUGGGGGUGAGAUUACAUCAGGAAUCAGCUCUGAGCCCCUUCUUGUUUGCAGGGGUGAUGGAAAGGAUGACAGAUGAGGUCAUGCAGGAGUCUCUGUGGAUUAUGGUGUUUGCAAACAACACAUGUCACAUGAUCACCAGUAUAAACAUGCUCAUGAGUAUCAUGAUGAGUAAUUCUGUGUGUAGAUAUGUAAGAAACAUCUAAACAUGAUGAAGUUUGAAUU